AUGUCUAUCGGUGUUCCUAUUAAAGUACUGCACGAAGCAGAAGGCCAUGUAGUAACUUGUGAAACUAUUACCGGCGAAGUUUAUCGCGGGAAGCUGAUAGAAGCCGAGGAUAAUAUGAAUUGUCAGAUGACGCUCGUAACUGUUACUUAUCGUGAUGGCCGUGUAGCCCAGCUUGAAAACGUUUAUAUCAGGGGUUCUAAGAUUCGAUUUUUAAUUUUACCGGAUAUGUUGAAGAACGCGCCGAUGUUUAAACGCCAAGGAAAUAAACCAAGUGCAGGAGCAGGACGCGGUAAAAGUGCAAUUUUAAGAGCACAAGCGGCUGGCCGGGGUCGGGCGGGCGGACGAGGUGGGGGGCAUAGAGGCGGUUGGCAGGGAGGGUCGGGACCAUCACGCCGUUAA